UCCGUGCCGGGGGCGCGGCCCCGUGGGGGCGGCCCCGUGGGCGUUCCGAGGCGGGGCUCCCGCUGCCCCCUGCCCACGCGGGGCCGCGCUCGCCACUCGCCCGGUGGCCACCGGAGCCGGGCGGCAGCAGGGAGCCGAGCCCGGUGCGCCCCCCCCCCAGCAUCCACGGGAGGCCGUCUGCAGGUACUGAUGCCUCAUGUGAUCGAAGCCUCCCUUCCCAAAGCUGGUGUCUGAUGCUUGCAGGUAACCAGGUGAUCUUCAAGAGCGGCUCUGGAGACAGCCAAUGCAAGAUGAACAGCAGAGAACAGUGCAGGCGACACGGGAGGCUCUCGGGCUGAGCCGCAAGGAUUUGAAGAUGUCUGCGUGCAGUGACUUUGUGGAACACGUUUGGAAGCCCGGCUCCUGCAAAAACUGCUUCAGCCCCAAGAGUUCCCAUCGACUGCAGACACCCCCCGACGUGGGAGCCUGUGGUGUGCUCCCGAAUGGAGUUAGGACCAAGGCUGAGAGCCCAGCGUUGGAAGACGAAGGCGUGAAUACCCCUGUCUCAAAGCCAACGAUUGCUGUGAAACCAACGAUGAUAAACUCAGAUGUUUCUGACACGUGGGCGGAUGUGAAUAUGAAUGCAGAUCUGUCACAGGUCAGCUGGGGGAUGGUUUCCGGCAAGCACCUUCUGCUGAAGUCAGGCGAUGCGCAGCGGCUCUGUCGGGACAAUUUUGGCAACGGCGGCGUGAGGAAGCCCUUCCUGCACGGCCCUCCGAGCGAGUGCCUGUCCUGCUGCUCUCCCAGCUACUCCAUGGUGGGCCUGCGCAGCCUGGAGGGGCGCGUGGAGAGGAACGUCUCCAUCCACAGCCUGGUGCUCCUGGGGGAGGUGGGCAAGCAGGAGAGCAGAGCCAAAGAUAAGCUGGCCCUGCUGCAUCAGCAUCAGCCCCUCUGCCCUAACCCGCCCGCCUUGGGGGACAGAGGAGUCGGCAGCUCUGCCAGAAACCCCUCAUCCCACGGGAGGGAAGGAGCAGCGCUUCCCUCAGAGGGUGACCGUGCUCGCGGCUCUUCCAGCUUCGAAGGUGAAGGGGGUGAGUACUGCUCGAUCACGGACUGCCGCAGAGAGGGCUCUGCCCCACGCUGUGCCGAGGGGAAGGGGGCCUGGUGCGAGAAGGAGAGCCCGGCGCCCCGCGGCUGGAGGCAGCGGGAUGCUCCCGAGGCGGCCAGGCCGAGCGGCAGGGCGGUGAAGUUCAGCGAGGAGGAGCGCAGGGCUGCCAGCGUGGCCUUCUGCAUCGCCAAAGAGCAGGGCGAUCCCUCUGCCCCGUCUUCGGAGAGGAAAAAGUCAUCCCUCUGCGCCGAGGCGGCUGCUGCCUGCGCUUUGUGCCAGGAUAAGGAGGACGCAGAUGCUGCUGGAGGCACGAGCGGUCCCCAGCAGGCGUUGGUGGAGCCGCAGUGCUCCCGCGGCGACCCGAUCUACGCCGAGAGCACCAAGAGGAAGAAAGCCCAGCUGAAGGGCCUCAGCGGAGCAGCGAACGUGGAGAAACCAGCCCACAGUCCUGGCACGGAGCAGGCGGACGGCACGUGGAGGGAUGGUGGCUGGGCGUGGGGUGCCGAGAAGGAGUACCAGGACCCCGCCACCCAGGUGGCGGCCAAGAUCACCGUCAUGACCGCGCACACGGAGGACGACCACAAGACCAUCUUCCUCAGCAGCCCCGACUCCGCUGUGGGGGUUCAGUGGCCCUGCGUCAGCUCCGCUUCCCACCCUGAUUUUGGGACCUCGCCGCCCGCCGUUGAGCCCGGAGAGGUGUUUCAGGCAUCGGGAAGUGAAAACGGACUGAGGCUUCACUUCGCAGCUCCUCCCAAGAGCUCGGUUACAGAGAGCCCGGCCAUCCCUCCCAAGAUGUCCAAAAACAGCCAGCAGGGCAGCGAGGGGAGCUGCGUGCUCCCAGCCAGCUCCCUGGCACGGCUCGGUGACGGCAAUAACCACGACGGAGCUGGAGCCCACCCGCUGCCGAGGAGCUGUGCGGACACGGGGGGCUUUGGGGUGUCCCCUUCUCCGUGCGCUCACAUUAACGGAGCCUCCGUGGAGGAGUCAGGCAGGGGCCUGGCAGGUUUGUCCUACGACAGGAGGCAGAAGCACUACACCCCAACGUGGGCCAAGCAGUGCCGGAUAGAGGAGGAGGAGGAGGAGGUGGAGGAGGAGGAGCAGCAGGCGCUCUCAACCCACCCGUGGGCAGUGGGAGCUGAGGUUGGAAGAGCCGACGCUGACCCCGUGGAUGAGUGCCCGAUGGUGGAGAGCCAGCCUGGGAUCAGCAAGUCGUCGUCCUUUGAAUUCCCUAAGGAGAAGAGCAAUGGCACGGAGUUUGCGCCACCACCACCACCACCAAAGAAGCAGUCCAGGCGCGCUCUGAAAAUGAACCCGAAUAACGCUGAGCUGGAGAGGGGCAGCAACAGCUCCACCGAGAGCCUCAGCCCGCCUUUCCGCAGCAUCCACGUCAGCUUCACGGCCGGAUCCACCGACAGCCUCAGCUCGGACACGCAGACCGGCAGCGAUGGCAGGCACUCGUCUGAGCCGAACCACUCGCCGCCUCCAGCUGAGAGCCAAGUGUUUCCCUCUGGCUCCUUCCUCCCCACCUCCAGUGAGGAUGCUCCCUCUGCCGGCCCCAGCUGCCCGCCCCCUCUGCCCCAGAAGAAGAUGAUGAGCAGAACGGUGUCCUCCCCGGAUGGCUUUUUUGGGAGCCAAACAUCUUCCGGCAGAGCAGCCGGCACUGCCAGCCCCAGGUUGAACGUCAGCCACUCCGAGAGCAACUUCUGCCUGCGGGAGGAGCCUCCCUUCAUCCACCCAGCCGGCCUGGGGGGCCCCGGCACCUUCUCUUCUGAGUCCCUGGAGAGAGCCUCCAAAGGAAACAGCUACUGGGGCUCGGCUACCAGCAAGAGCACGGGGGCCUGCAUCCCCAGCAGGAACCAGCAGUCCCUCUCCUCCUCGCAGCUCAGCGUCUCCAGCCAGGUGUCGUCGAGCUCCAGCCUCCACCUCCACAACCUCCUGAGCAACAUCGACAGCAAGGAGGGGGUGUACGCCAAGCUGGGGGCCCUCUACGCCGAGUCCCUGCGCCGCCUGGUCGCCAAGUGCGAGGACUGCUUCAUGCGGGAGCAGAAGAACGAGCUGCGCUUCAGCGAGAACAACUGGUCGCUCUUCAAGCUGGCGUGCAACAAGCCCUGCUGCGACUCGGGGGAUGCCAUCUACUACUGUGCCACCUGCUCCAAGGACCCUUCAACCACCUAUGCUGUGAAGAUCUGUAAAAGCCAGGAGUCCAAGGUGGCCGCUUCAUACUGCAGCCCCGCGGUGCCCGUCCACUUCAACAUCCAGCAGGACUGUGGGCAUUUCGUGGCCUCCGUCCCCUCCAGCAUGCUCCUGGCCUCGGAUGUGGAGAAGAGCGUGCCCGGGGAUGGUCUCCGUGCCUCCCGCGCUGCCAGCGAGCACGACUGCGUGGUGGUCAUCACGCGGGAGGUGCCGAGCCAGACCACUGCUGACUUCGUGAGGGACUCGGUGAUGCUGCACCAAGCCAAGCCUGAGCUGUACGAACGUCGGGUUUGCUUCUUGCUCCUCCAGCUCUGCAACGGGCUGGAGCACCUCAAAGAGCAUGGCAUAAUCCAUCGUGACCUGUGCCUGGAGAACCUCCUGCUUGUCCCCUGCAAGCCCCCCAUGAGCUGUGUGAAAGCCAAAGAUGACAAGCACUUGCCCCGCCUGAUCAUCAGCAACUUUUUGAAAGCCAAGCAGAAACCGGGAUCCGGAGACUCCAAGCUGAAGAAGAGUCAGGCCAGGCUGGCCCCGGAGAUUGUGUCAGCUUCCCAGUACAAGAAGUUCGAUGAGUUUCAGACUGGCAUCCUCAUCUACGAGCUGCUGCACCAGCCCAACCCCUUUGAGGAGAAGGUGCACCUCAAGGAGCAGGAGUACAGCCCCGAGGACCUCCCUGCUCUGCCCAGCCUGUCCAUCUACUCGCGGGGGCUCCAGCAGCUGGCCCACCUCCUUCUGGAGGCGGACCCCAUCAAGCGCGUGCGGAUCACCGAGGCCAAGCGGAUGCUGCAGUGCCUGCUGUGGGGGCCCCGGCGGGAGCUCACCGAGCAGCCCCUCAGCCACGAGGAAGCCCUCUGCCAGGUGCUGCAGAACUGGGUGGACAUGAAGCGGGCCCUGCUGAUGAUGAAGUUUGCUGAGCGAGCCGUGGACACGGAGCGGAGCGUCGAACUGGAGGACUGGCUCUGCUGCCAGUACCUGGCGUCCGCCGAGCCUGCCUCCCUCUCGCACACGCUGAAGCUGCUGCAGCUGCUCUGAUGCUGGACGUGUCUCGGGGGCGGCUGUGGAAGGGGCACAGCCCCGUUACACGGGGGAGGCUGGGAUCUCAGCCGUGAGCGUGUGCUCCCAUCCGUGUAAGACAUUCAGUACAAUUGCGAGCAGGCAAAACUGGGAGCCGAACCCUCUCUAGGGGGAUUUUUUUUGUUUUGUUUUGCUAUGGUAAGUCUGUUGACUAAUAAAUUCCUGCCCGCGUGUGUGCAUGUUUCUAAUGAGCACGGCGCAGUUGAGUUGAUUUCUGAGCCUAGGGGACAGCCCUUUGAUCCCCACCCCCUGAAGCCUCAGAGCCUCUUUGCCUGGAAACACCGCUGAUUGCCAGGGUGGGCAGCAAGGAGGAACAGCUGGGUUAUUCUCCCGAGGAGUAAAAACAAUGCAUUCACUGCUCCUUUGCAUGGGAGAGCCAGGAGCUGCUUUCAAAUUCAUUUCUGCUUUGACAUCCGUUCUGUGUUUUUUAUUUUUUAAUUUUUUUGCUUUAAAAAACAAAAAUCACUGCUUGUUUCUGCUGUGGGCAACUAUCACCUGCCUGUUGCCUUCUCUGGAUGUUAAUGCAGCAUUGCCUUCCUGUCUAGCACUGCUGCCUUUGUGAAGGGGGGAGAGAGCCAGGAUGGGGCUGCUCACAAAGGAUGAUGCUGCGUGCUGGGAAUUACCCCUUGUAAAGUUAAUGAAAUGGAAAAUCCCCAAUUCACCUCCAAGGCCCCUGAGGAAGAAAGUCGGGGCCAGGCUGCUCUGCUUUCCCCAUCCACCCAGCUUAUCCCCUUCACCUGGUAACUCACCUGUCCCUUGUGCGUAGCAUGUGUUUAACCCCUUUGGUGGAGAGGCCGUGUUGCUGCUGACUUUUCAGGCAGGUUGUGGGCUGCCUUUAUGCUCUUCCCUCUCAAUACGAGGCAGAGGUGAGCUGCCAUGCUGCUGGGACCUGGUUGUGUAGCACUUGGAGGGGUCGAUUUGGGGCUCAUGGAGGGAACCCAGCAUCAACUUUGCUGAGGAAGGACAUCACCAUCCUGAGCUACCCCCAUCCCAGCUGAAAAUGGGGAGAAAGUCACGAGCAUUCUCCUCCAACCUUCAUUCACCUCCAGCUCCAGCCUGCUCUCUUGUGGGAAUUUUAAUUCCCCAGGAUUUUUGACACUUUGCAUGCUUUCUGUGAAUCUUUUCCAGGCUUCUCACCUGGAUUUUUAAUCUGUUUGGCUGCAGUUGCUGCUGAUGGGAGGGAAUGGUUUCUUGGCUGGGCACCCGUUUGCAAUGAAUUUCCCCUAGUCCCCUUAGGGAGGAAGCUGUGCACGUCCCUGCCUGCUGCAAGAAUGUGGAAUGACUCCAGCCGCUACUGUCAGGGAUUUUUUAUACACAGGCUUUCUUGUGCCCUGUCUCUUGUGUACAUUUCCCUCCAACACGGGCAGCAUGAGCCUUCUGGCUUGGGAGCCACUGUCCUGUGGACCAUCCCGCAUGCUUUGCUGGGAUCUCUGGCUGCAGCCGGCUGCAUGUGGUCUCACGUUGGCCAGGGGAGUGAUUGAACAGCCGGAGAGCCUGUCUGAAGGAGCCCAGCAUGUUUUGCAGAGGUAAGAUGAAGAGAUGACUCAGUUUUAAAGCAUGGAUGUAGGGAACAAGUUGGAGGCAGCUCAGCAGGACUAACACCGAAGGAGAUGGGGCCUGACCAUGACCAAUCCAAUCAUAAUGCCAGCUGGAAAAUAACAACUGGGGCAACUGGAUUGAGGCUGGUUCAGGUGUUGGUGGUCCUGGUACCUUGCAGCAGUAUCCCCCAUAGAUUAGGGACCAGCUAUAGUCUUGUAGUGUUUUCAGCCAUAUUAUAUUGAGGUUGGGUGGGUGGCUUCAUGCUUUCAUGGAAACAAAAGCUCCGUGGCUUCCUGA